ACCUUCCUCUCCCUGAUGAUGAUGAUGAUGCAGGCGACAUUGUUCUUCGCCGUGCUGGUUCUCGCGGCCUCGGUUCACGCCGACUCCCAGAUUUUCUUUAUGCCCGUCGACUGUGAUGACAUCUAUCGCCAUGACAACACCAGCUCCAGUGGCGUGUACACCAUCUACCCAGGAGGUCCCACCACGCCGCUGCAUGCCUACUGUGACAUGGACACCGACGGGGGCCGAUGGACUGUAUUUCAGAGGAGGAUGGAUGGGACUGAAAACUUCUUCAGGCCCUGGAAGCACUAUCAGGCUGGAUUUGGGAAUGUGGCCGGAGAGUAUUGGCUCGGCCUGGAAAACAUCUUCCUGCUGACUAUGAGGAAGAAGAACGAGCUGCGGGUCGACAUAGAGGACUGGGAGGGAGGGAAGGCGACCGCCAAAUACUCCCCCUUCUCCAUCGAUUCUGAGAACAGUGGUUAUCAGCUUCGCUUAGGCGGCUUCACUGGCGGAGCGGCAGGGGACAGUUUGAUGGAACAUAACAACAUGAAGUUCACCACGUUUGACAAAGAUCAGGACGUGUGGGAUAAAAACUGCGCUCAGCAUUAUCUCGGAGGAUUCUGGUACGGAGCUUGCCACUCGGCGAACCCCACCGGCAUGUACGCACCCAAAGGUGGCAUCGCGCAUGAGAGCGUCGUCAAUGGUUGGCAAUCGUGGAAAGGUCCCAACUACUCCCUCAAGACUAUUGCCAUGAAGAUGCGAUCCGUCGCUACGUGUACAUGCACACAUUAAGUGGACUGUCUGUGCAUCACCUGGGUCACGUUCAUACUUCAUCCGACAGGUGAGGAGAGUUUUGAUAUGCAAGUAUUUUCAUACUACUGAAUUCAAUAUCAACUAUUUGUAUUUUUUUUGGUGGCCCCUGUGAACAAAAGUGGUUUCCAAGCACCAGAGUCCCUUUAACUUAAGACGGGUGUCAAACUCAUGUUCACCGUGGGCCAAAUCAGCAUCAUGGCCGCCCUCUUAAAGGUCCGGAGACACUUUAUAAACUCCUCGAACAUAUUGUUAAAUAACUCUCUUUGCAUUUGAUUAUUGUUUAUUUGAGUGUAGAAAUAUUGUACACAAGAAAAUGUCUCUAAUAUUACAACAUAAAUCCAUUGAAUGUAAAACCUUCAAAAUGAAAGCACGGGAUAAUUUUCUUCAAUUUCUUUAAGAAAAGGGGAUAACGUGUCUUUAAAGGUGCCAGGGGCCUCAUAAAGCGAUGCGGCGGGCCAGAUUUGGCCGAUUUUGCCGCCAUGACACAAAUUAAGCACCUUGCUUAUCUGUGUUGACGUAUUGUUAGAAAAUGAACAUAUUUCACAAAAAUGUCAAAUUUCAUUUUAAAAGGGGUUAUUAAAUUAAACAGGUUUUUUCUAGCUUAAUAAACAUACUUUAAAAAAAAUAAAA